CGGGAGGUCUCCGACUGAGCUGCGGUUCCUGAUUCCGGGCCCCCGGUUUUCAGAAACUUUAAAGUACCUGGAAAUGAAAAGAAAGGUAGGGAAUGCUGGCAAGCUGAGACUGAGUCCUAAUGAGGAAGCUCACAUUUUAAAGGAAGAUUAUGAAAGACGACGAAAACUAAGAUUGCUGCAGGUUCGAGAACAAGAAAGGGGUAUCGCUUUACAGAUAAGAGAAGACAUAAAACAGAGGAGAAAUCAGCAAUUAACUCGUUUGGCAGAGGAACUAAGGACAGAAUGGAAAGAAUCACAAACUCAGAAAAUAAAGAACUUGGAAAAGCUGUAUUUGGCAAGUUUAAGAAGUAUGGGAGAGGGACACCAACAUGCCAAAGAAAAUGAACCUGAUUUGAAUGCUCUGGCACGGCGGGCAGCAGAAAGAAGAAGGAAAGCAGAAAUGAGGCAUAAAGAAGCUCUGAAAUUACAAAAGAAUAAAAAAGAAGAACUAGCGAAACAAAAAACCUGGCAUAUAACAGCUCGAAAGGAAGCACUGCUUGUGGAAAAAGAGAGAUCGGCCAAAAUUACAAGUCUGCCACCACCACCCCCAGCUCUUUUUGAGAACAUUGAACUAAAGAGAACUUCUAAUGUGAAAACUGGUAGAUCCACCUAUCAUCAUCUUUGCACUUUUGUGAGCAGAGAGACAGACACAGAGCAGCCAGAUCCUCAUUUGGCUGCUGAAGAAGAAGCUAAAAAACUGGAAGAACGACAAAAACAGGCAGCACAGGAGAGAAUGGAACAGUAUCAAAAGGCUCAUGUGCGGGGAUUUCAAGCAAUGAAAAAGACCCAUUUGGCUCAAACUCAGGAGAAACUAAUGAAAGAACUCAAACAACUCCAACAAGAGGACCUGGCACGUAGGAGACAGACUGUGGCACAGAUGCCACCACAACUCAUUGAGCUUCCAUACAAACGCAGUGAAAUGAAAGAAGACUGGCAGAGAGAGCUGGAAUUUGCCUUUGAAGACAUGUACAAUGCAGACAGGAAAGUGAAAGGAAACCUGAUUUUGCACCUCGAACCGGAACCUUUGCCCACUGUGACUGAUCAGGUCCAAGAUGAAGAACUGGACCUUUCAAUGGAACAAGAAAGUUUAGGAGAAACUGAAAAUAGUCCAGUUACAGAAGCCGAAACAAUAUGUUCCAGUGAAGCAGAAGUUCCCUUGGCAAUAAAGACCCACCAGGUCCCUUCAAAAAUUCUUUUUAAGAAAUUAUUAAAUAAGAUCCGAAGCCAAAAAUCUCUCUGGACGAUUAAAUCCAUGUCUGAGGAUGAAAGUGAAGUGAUUACAGCUCUUAGUGAAACUGAGAGUAAAGUACCAACAGUCGAAUCAGGAGGAACUGUUGGCGAAGAGAGGACGUCAUCCUCUGGGCAGGAACAAGUUGCUGAAAGUGAUACUUUAACAAUUGACUCUGGACCACUUACUAGUGAAGAGAAACCGCUUUCAUUGGAUACAGACUCUGAAAAGGAACAAGAAAUGAAGGAGGCUCAGCCUAUCACAGCUGUAGCUCAGAGUUCAAUUCUACUUCAUCCUCAAGAAGAAGCAUCCAGAAUUAGAAUGGCAGCAAGGCAGAAACAGAUAAUGGAAAUAGAAGAGCAAAAGCAAAAGCAGUUGGAAUUACUUGAACAAAUUGAACGACAGAAGUUACGAUUAGAAACUGAUUGCUUCAGGGCUCAGCUGGAAGAAGAAAAGAGGAAAAGAACGCAACAGAUUGGGGUUGGCACUGCUCCAGCGCCAUGCACUGUAACUUAUGAUGAAGAUAAUCAUAGGCAGAUGAUUCAUAACUAUCAACUUCAGCUUUUACAGCAGAACAGGUUUCACAGACAGUCUGUUGAAACAGCCAGGAAACGAUUACUUGAAUAUCAGACUAUGUUAAAAGGAAAGUACUCAUCUGGGUUAGCCACUUCACUGACAUCUGAUUCUGUUAAAUCAGUACUACCACAGAAUACUGAAAGACCCACUGUCAUAUCAGAGCAUUGGGAUCAAGGUCAGAGACCCAAGCUGAGUCCUGACAAAUACCUGCCUGUGCCAUCCAUACAGAGCUCCAGAUCAGAAGAAGAUCCUUUUCAGAUUCCAAGACAAAGUCUCUUUCCACAAAGACAGGUAGAAACAGACAUGGUAAUCAAUUCAGAUGUUUUAGCCAAGCAGUCUUUGGAAUCAAAGGAACAGCCUAAGCAACUCUCACAGAGUGAAGUACAACAAAGAGGCUAUAAAUUGGUUCAUAAAGAUUCUCGUACACUUCCAAAGCCUUUGUCACAUGAUAGGCUGCUAGUAAUACAGGAUCCUAAAAUAGCUGAAAUAUCUCGGGCAACAACUUCUCAAACUUUAGAUCCCCAGCAGAGGUUCUCAGAGAACGAGGAAAGUAUACCCUCCAAGCUAACUGAACGUUCUUCAUUCCAACCAGCGGCAGCUGAGCAUGCUUUUAGUUCUCUGCCUGCUACAGUUGAAUCUCGAAAAAUCCAGGAAUCCUUUGUAGCCAUGAACAAAAGUACAGUUUCUGUAAGCCCUUCUGUAAUCAGCCACAUGCAGGGUAAGUCUUUGCCAACCUCAGAAAAUAUCACAGCCCACCUGGGUAAUUUGAAGGCUCUCCAAGAACAGUUAGACCUACAGAAGGAGGUUCUUCGGUCAAGACAGGAAGCUCAGGAACGAUUGCUUUUGUACAAACAGAAAGAAUUGGAAGGACAAACUGGCCUCUCUGUCUCCCUUCCAUUAGUAUCUCCGGAUUCAUUUGCUACACUGCCUUCUGCCAGAGCUGAAUCGGGGAGAAUCCAGGAAUCUUCUCCAACCAAGGAUGAUACUGCAGUUCCCUUAGGCCAUCUUGGGGUCCCACAACUUCCAGAUAGGCUUUGGAGUUUUUCACAGCCUGUCUUAUCACAGCCAGAUAAUUUUAACUUUCUCCAAGAACAGUUUCAUAUUCAGAGGGACAGCCUUCAGGCUAGGCGAGAAGCCCAAGAAGUGUCAUGUGUACAUAAACAGAGUGAAUUGGAUGGAAGAAUAUGGUCUGAACAGACUGCACCCCCUUCUCUCCCUUCGCAGGUAGCUCAGCAUACAUUUACUUCACUGCCUUCUGCUGGCACUGGAAAGAUCCAGCCACAGUAUUCAUCUGAGAGCGUGAAGGGUCUUCUCUCAAGCCAGUCUGAAAACCAGAAAUCUCGGGAUGGGUCUUUGAGUUUCCUACAGCAGUUCUUCCCUUUGCAUGAUAGUUUGCAGUUGCUCCGAGAACAGGUGACUAUACAGAGCGAUGCCCUUCAGGCAAGGCAGGAAGCCCAGGCAGAAUUGCUUCUGCAUAGACAGAGGGAUUUGGGUGAGUCUGGGCAAAUGGGUUCUUCACUUCCACCAGCGGCUGCUCCAUGUUUAGUUGCUUCACAAGCUUCUGCUAAAACUGAGCCUAGGAGAAUUCAGAACUUUGAUUUAUCUGAAAAGGAGAAUGUUAUUCCCUCCAGUCAUCCGGUAAUCCCAGCAUUUCAGGAGGGGCCUCGUAGUUUUCCACAGCAUAACCUGCCACGGCAAGAAAAUUUGACAGCACUCCAAGAACAGUCGCAUACACACAGGGUAAUGCUUGGUGCUGAACAAGAAACUCGGGAAUUUGUACACAAACCACAUGAAUUAGAGAAAACGGUUUCUUCUGAACAGACUGGCACCUCUUUAUCCCUGUCCCAGGUAGCUGAGUCUGAAAGAUGCCAGGAGUUUAUGCCAGGCAAGAGUGACGGUGUAGUUGCCUUAAGCUCUUCUAUGAUCCCGAGGUUUCAGGAAAGACGUCUGGGAUUUUUACAACCUACAUUACCUCUGCAAGAUAACUUGGAGGAACACCAAGAAUGGCUGGACACAGAGAAGGCGGCCCUUCAUUUCAGCCAGAAAAGCCAAGGAAAGGUAUCUUUGGAACAAACUGACUCCUCAUUCGAGCCCCAGGUAGGGCAGCCUUCAUUUACUUCGUUACCUUCUGCUGAGUCUGGUACAACCCAGGAGCCUCCUUCAACAGAGAGUGACAGCAAAAGUCUUUCAAGCCAUCUUCAGAUCCCACAGUUGCAGGAUAGGCUUUGGAGGAUAUCACAGCUUAUUCGGCCUCAGCAAGAUAAUUUGAAGGCGCUCGGGGAAAGGUUAGCUACACAGAGAGAAGCUAUCAUUCAGUCUAGACAGGAAGCUCAGGAAAAAUUACUUCUGCACAAACAGAGUGAGUGGAAGCAAGGAAGAUCUCCUGAGCAUGUUGGCUCCUCUUUCUUCUCACCCCCUCUUGUACAGCAUUCUCUUGCUUCAUUACCUCUUAGUGAAUCUGGGAGAACCCAAGAACCUUGUUCAACUACGAGUGAUAAUACAGCUUCCUCAAGACAUUCUGAGAAACCGGGAUUGCCUGAUAGGCUUUUUGGUUUAUCACAGCCUGUUUUACCUGAACAAGAUCACUUGAUUGCACUUCAGCAAGAACACUUGCAUGCACGAAGCAGUUCUCUUCCGUGUGGCAAGAAAACCCAGAAACACUUGGUUUUGCCCAGACAAUAUGAAUUUGAGGAGAAGUUGUCUUCUGAGCAUUUUGUCCAGCUUCCCCAUGGUGAUUUGAAAGUACUUCAGGAGCAGUUAGAAAUACAAAGAAGAGCCAUUCGAUCUAGACAGGAAGUCCAAGAAGAAUUACUUUUGCAAAGACUAAGUAAAUUGGAGAAAAGGGUGUCCUCUGAGCAGAUUAGCUCUUCAUCGGUAUCCCAGGUAGCACCGCCUGUUGCUGACUCUGAAAGAAUCCAAAAGCCUCUUGCAACCAGAAGUGACCGUACUGUUGCCUCAAGUCACUCUGAGAUCUCAGCAUCCCAGGAUAGACUUCCGAGUCCAUCACCGCCUCUUCUGCCUUCACAGGGUAUUUUGGCAGCACGGUUGGACUUCGAGAGGGAAGUGGUGCAUUCUAAUGAGAAGGGCCAGGAGGAACUGUUAAACAACCAAACAAAAUCGACUGCAAGUGAAUCUUCCGAGCAUCCUAUUCCCUCUUUGUUUUUACCCACAGAAAAAAAGCAUCCAUUUAUUCCACUCCCUUUUGCUGAAGUUAAAUCUAAAAACCAUGGUGAAUUGUAUUCAUCUAAGAAUGAACAGGCAGCUCCCUCAAGCAAUUCCAUGACCCCCAGACUUCAAGAUAGACUUUUGUGUUUUUCACAACCUGUCUUAACUCUGCAAGAUAACCUAGGACUUCAGAAGCAGCUGGAUCUACAAAAGAAAGUUCUGCAUUUUAGCCAAAAAGCCCAAGAAGAAUUGCUUGUACAGAGACAGACAACACUGCAGCAGCAGGUACAGAAACAUCAAGAGACUUUGAGAGAUUUCUUUAAACAUAGUCAGAUAAGUAAGCCCACAGCUGAAGGUGAUACAGAAACUCAGAAGCUCAGAGAGUGGCUUCCUGUUCUCCAAGACCUAGCAAGGGCCGAUCAGGAAGGCAUCAGUUCUGCGAAUAGGAGCAACUCUGGUGAUAAUCAGCUGCUUUCAGAAGAGAGUGGUGCCAAGCAAAGUGGUGAGCAUCUGGACAAAGAACUGGGCAGGAGAUCCUCAAAGCCACCUGUAGCAAAAGUGAAAUGUGGAUUGGACUUGAACCAGCAUGAACUCAGUGCUAUACCAGAGGUAGAGUCACCAGCAAGUGGCAGAACAUCUAUACUAGGUAAACCAGAUUUUUAUCAAGACAGGGACCCCCUAAGGGUCUCAAUAAGCCGAGAACAAAGUUUCUUUGGGAGCCAACUGAACUGUGAUGCAUUUGGUUGUCUUUACCCCAUUGCCCAGGAAUACGUUUGUAAUGAUGACUCCAAGGAAGCAGUCACGGUCAAGGAGGCUAUGGCUGAGAAUCAUGCCGUGGAGGAAGAACAGACAUAUCUGAGUCCAACUAUGAAGCCGGAUAAUGUUAGUAAAGAGAUUUAUCAUGAGCCAUUAUCAUCAGUAACUGUUUCUACUGGGAGCUUUUUAAGUUAUGAAAACACGGAUCUGAGCCUUACAGAUCCAGGGUCAUUUUCAGAGCUGGACCCAAGGGAACAAGAAUCUACCACUGGUAAAGAAGAGGAAAGAGAUAUUUUAAGUUCUGUACUUCCCUCAUCACAAGUUCAUUAUCAAAGACAGGACUCUCAGGAAGUUCAUCAACCUCUGUUGCCUGCAGUGGAAAAGUUUACACCUGGUAAGACACACAUGCAGCAGAUGAGAGGCAAGCACAGAAAUGAAGCAAAUUUGAUGACUGAAAAAAACAGACUUGAGGUUGACCUUGACUUUCCGGAGUUGGAGCACACUUUUCCAAAUUUGCAUCGUCAGCUAUUUAAACCCUUAGAACCACAUCCAGAUUUUGAUAUAUCAUCAUAUUCUGGGAUUUCUCAAGACAGUGGAGACUUUUGCCAGAACUCAGAUUCUUCAUGUGAAAGCCAUCACACUGUUGCAGCACCCAGAAGCACAGUUUCCUUUACAGCACUAAAAACCAGCCUGAAUUCUUCUAACACGAGCCCAAACCAGCAGCUGGACCCUCCUUUGGCUCAUGCUGCUGCUCAGAUAUUUGCCACAGAAAAGAUUCUUUCAGGAUCUGAACAAUCUUUUCAACAGCUUCUGCCGGAAUUUUCUUCACAGGAGGGGAGCCAACAUAUUGAUCUACCAAGUAUUUUUAGCAUUGAAGCAAGAGAUUCUUCCCAAGGCAUGGAAAAUCAGAACUAUUCUGAACAGAUUGAAAUGCAAAAUAAGAAAAAAAGUGUUCAUUUCCACCUCUGUGUAGGAAAUUUACAGAGUUCAGUCUUCAGUUCCUCUGAUGAGGCUAAUGUAUUUCAUCCCUUAAGUCUACAGUAUAGCACGCCGUGUGGGUCUACCUCUAGUGAGUGCUCAACAAAAGCCCAACCUGAAGGCAGAAAAGAAAGACUGGGCUUUGAAGAACUAUCAGAAAGAGGACUUGAUGGAGAUAAAAAUGAAAGCCUUGGGGUUUUAAAUAUAAAUUCACAUGCGGAGGAAAUGGAUUCUCAAUCCUGUGUCAGAACAGUGGAAAGGGGAACUUCAGUCGAGGCACCAUAUUCUAUUGAGAAUGAAAAGUAUUUUAAGAAUUCCACUAAGACAGAAACUCCAAAAAUCCCAGGAAACCUUUCUCACCUAGCAGAGUCAGAGCUCUUUUUAAGUUCUGGAUCAUUACAGAGCUCUAUUCCAGUGUGGGAGACAGAGUCUGGCCAUGGUAUAAUAGAAGAACCAGAGCUUACAUUAGUAAGCACCAGUGAUAUCAGUAUUGCUGAAAUGGAUCUUGCAAAUCUAACACUAGAAGAAAAGAAAGGAAAUGAGGCAAAAAGCAGUUCUCAGGUGAGUGAAUUUCUACCUUUUGUAUCAGUAACAGAAACCUCGGAUUAUCCAGAUGUAUCUGAACACGGCACGGAGGAGCGCAUGAUUGUGUCUGCAGAAACCCCUCCAAAGAUUAUAGCUCUACCUGGGAGCUUACAAGAAGCAUUUAUAAAGAGGAAAAAAUCAUUUAUAGAAAGAUCCUCCCAGAGACAGAAAGAAAUAAAGAAUAAAAUUCGUAUUCCUGAAAAUUCUCAAAUCAAAAUAGCUAAGGAGAAACCUACAGGCUCAUCUGUGAAUCGCCUGAAGGAUGUGAAUAAAGUUAAGGUUAAAGUGUUACUUCCUAAAGACAGAAAGACUACACAAGCCCUCAUGCAUCAAAGGGCCCUAAGAUCAUACAAUCAAUUAGCUGAAGUCAAACAGCAAAGGGAAGAGAAAGCAAAGCAAGAUGCAUACGCCCAAAACAGAGCAAGGACUAAAGAAUUUCAUAAGCAAACACUGGAGAAACUUAGAGCCAAAAAUACAUGCUGACUUUCUACUAGAAGUGUAAAGUUUUUUUUAAAUUAUGUGU